GUUUAAACGUCAUACUUCCUCCAGUUUCCCCUCCUGCUGCAGUUGCUAACCUCUGUUUCCCUGUUUCAUCGGUUAACGCAGCCUUUCUACAGUUUAAUGCUUUUUAUGAGCAACAACAAAUAAAGCAUAUCCACCAUGGCUUCUCGAGCAGGUCCGAGAGCAACAGGCACAGAUGGCAGCGACUAUCAGCACCGGGAGCGGGUUGCCUCACACUAUCAAAUGAGUGUUGCCCUGAAGUCUGAAAUCCGUAAACUCAACAUUGUCCACGUGCUGAUCUGGGUGCUGAUGGCAGCUCAGGUGACAGUGAGCCAGCUAAGCCUGGUGUCCCACAAGGUCGUAGCCUCUCCAUAUCAGUGGGAGUACCCCUACCUCCUGAGUUUAAUACCCACAGUGUUCAGCUUCUUGGCGUUGCCUCGCAACAACAUCAGCUACUUGGUCAUCUCCAUGAUCAGCGCCGGGCUGUUCUGUGUGGCCCCGCUGAUCUACGGCAGCAUGGAAAUGUUCCCUGUGGCACAGCAGCUCUAUCGGCACGGCAAAGCCUACCGCUUCAUCUUUGGCUUCUCCGCCGUGUCGGUCAUGUACCUGGUGAUCGUCAUCGCUGUGCAGGUGCACGGCUGGCAGAUUUACUACAGCAAGAAGCUGCUGGACCAGUGGUUCACUGGCACGCAGGACAAGAAAAAGAAAUGAGUCAAAGCAAGUCCACGUGGACAUGAGGAUCUCAGAGCUGAGGUGUUUGUGUUGGAUUGAGCCAGCCGAGACCAAGAGAAGAGACUCUCAAGUUAAAACUAUCAUGGCUCUUCAUCAUCUUUUACUGUAUUUAUAUUUGACGUGAUAUCAUCAUCGUUCAGUUGUUGACAGAAGAUCAUUCCCUGGACUGCUUGUGACUGCUGCCAUCACUCUGUACAUUAAUCCUUCUGGAAUUUCAUCAUCCAACUGUAAAUGUGUUCUGUUAGUGCCUCCUUAUUCCAGGUGUUGACAGUGUAAACAGGCCAGGUUUAACUGGAAGAAGACUGUAAUCAUGUCAGUUGAUGUUUUGGAAACAAAUCCAAAAAUAAAUUUGAAUAUUUGACUGAUCUGUUACACACUCUGAGCUGUUUGAGUCAGGUCAGACUUUCACUAUGUCUUUCUUUGGUGAAUUUUUUGGAUUGUGUCACCCUUUCCUUCUCCUCUAUGUGACACAGCCUCACAAAUUUCUCACCCAGUUGUGUGUGGUAUAAACACAACCUGUAGGGCGAGGCAUAGCAUGAGAAAGGAGUGAGGGAUGGAGUAACGGCAGCUGAAACAUCACAGCUGACAUACCAUAAGGUCAAAGAAGCAAUGUUUCUAAAAGGUGAUUUAUAGAUCUAGAUAGUUAAAAAUAAGUGUUUUCCAGGUGAUAUCUGGUUUGACAUAAACAAACUUAAGAAGAGAGAGACCCUUAUUGAUCCCCAGCCGAUAAAUUUGGUGUAUUGAUCAUUUGAGACGUUCAGAUUAAAACAAACAUUGACAAAGUGUUGGAAAAGAAUAUAUUUUUCAUAAACAAAUGUAUUCAAGAUUAUUUUUUAACUAUUUAGAGAGACCUAAUUUUUUGAGUUGAAUUACCUGCAGCACUGUCUUUCACAAUAAAUGAAUUUUUCUAAUCUA